GUAGAAACUCUGAAUGAAAGCCCUCGCGCGUCUCUGACGUACCGGAUCAUGUGUCGGUUACCGUAGAUUUCCCGAGCUCGACUUUUCCCUCCGUCCUCGUCUUCGCUCCGGUGUGGAUUGCUUCUCCCGGGGGCUCGCGACGCGUUCUCAGAAGUGAUGAGUUUAGGUUCUAACAGUAAUCCCUCGUCUGAGACGAUGAUGGUGAGAUGCUGACUGGAGCUCUUCGUCGGUGAGGAAGGUCACAAACCCACAGUGAGCUCUGUGUGACGAGCCUCCAUGACACCCAGUUUCACAACUGAAGCUCCCUGCCUGAGGGAGCGUCUCCUUCCACCUGCCCAAAUGCUGGGUUUUCAUUCUGAUCCCCCUGUUCUCCACUAAACUCCCUCAACAGACCAUCCCCUACCCACCAUCACCAUACUCACCAUGUCAAGCCGAAGGAAGUCAUUCAACCCUUGUGUGCUCCGUGCAACCAGUUUUCCUGCAGAAGACUCUUUGGAAAUGGAUGUUUCAGCAGAGACCGUGUUGGACAGAUAUUCACCUGUGCCACUCACAACACACGAAAACUGGACGUCACUGAACAAUAAAGAAGAGGACCAGUCAGAGUGGGGUUCUGCAUCGGAGCAGGGUUUGAAUAUUAGAGAUCAUGAGGAGAUCCCUCAGUCUGAAAGUCCAGUCAGUACACUCUACCUUUGUACCAUCUGUAAUUUCAGUACCAACAAGUUUGAGUCCCUCUCAUGCCAUAAUAAAGUGCAACACCCAGGUGAGAGCAGUUUUAAAGUCAGGCAUAUCAAACUGGAUAGCCAAAGCAUCCUGGAGCAAACCAUUGAGAGCAAGAAUGAUAGAUCCAUUCAGGAAGCUAAGGACACUAUAAAAGACUUGGGACCGUUUUUAGACUCCAGCAGUUCAGCAGGUGAAGACACUGGAAAGACAACAAUGGAAAACAGCAGCAUUUUGGAUAAAGGCCUAGAUGUGGAGAAGGAGCUGGACAGUCCAGUGCUGAAGGAUGAGAUCAGAGCAGUGAGCGUAAAUGGUACCAUCAUUAUUUCGGAACCUAUGUGUCAUGUAACGCCUCUGCUACAGCGACCUCCCAGACUCAGCACCUCUCCAACAAUCGCAGUUCCUAUUCACACCACCAAGUACAACCCCAUAUUGGACAGCAAUGUUACCCUGAUCACAUCUUUUAACAGAUUCCCAUAUCCGACCCACACAGAGCUCUCCUGGCUCACUGCAGCUUCCAGGCACCCUGAGGACCAGAUCAAGGUAUGGUUCACCACUCAGCGACUGAAGCAAGGCAUCACCUGGUCCCCUGAAGAAGUAGAAGAAGCCCGUAAGAAGAUGUUCAAUGGCAGUAUACCACCCACACACCAGACCUGUGAAGUUUUGCCUGCACCUGCUGUUGAAACACACAACCCUGGGCAGGCACAAUCAGCUACUUGUCAUGGAUUUGGACAGACCAGCCUUGCAUCAAACAUCACAGCUGACAGAUCACCCACUGCUUGUACGCCUGGCAUUGCUACAGCAGUCCGUCAGGCACCGACACUUAAGCGGCCUUUAGGAACUUCUUUCUUGGCUUCAGUGGUCAAACGUCCAACUGGAGACCCCAAAGAGAGUAUGCGCAUGCCCCCUCCAUCAGCUCCACCUCCAGAAAAACUCACUAUCGCUGCUUCUCCUGGGCUUUCGGAGACUAGAACAUCUAGCCCUGGUUCUUUGGUGGCCUCGGACAUGAAGAGACCUGUUCCUGUACAUUUUGUCCCAUCUAAAGGGGAACCCCCAAUAGUUCAAUCCAUAGAGAAGAUACCUGUGGCACUUCCUUCAGUGUUGCCCAAAGAAAAACUCCCUUUGUCACCCAUAGUUUCCACCAAUCACAAAAGAUCUGUAAUUGCUAAGCAAUUAAGCAAUCAUACUUCAGCCUCCUCGUUCGUUGCUAAAAACAAGUUUGGUAAUGGUGUAACCGUGCCUUUAGCACCAGCUGUGGCGACCCCACAAAUGAGUAGACCAACGAUCAUUCAGACAUUGUCGGCCGUGCCUCUGUCCCUAUCUCCAACUCCAGUCUUUCAGUGUACGUCUAUAGAGCCAUCAGUUGCUCCAGUGUUCUCAUGCUUCAGUAGUCAGAAUGGAAAAGAAACUACAAAUUCCCAGAAUGAUUCCCAGAAGUCACAUGUUGAAUUUGCUCUGAGGGAGCAUUGUGUUCCCACUCAGUUUCCUCUACUAGAGAGAGUGAAGGACAAGAGUCCUGAACAAAUGAAGCUUCUAGAGGAGAGUUUUCAGAGGAACAGUUUCCCGUCCUAUAAUGAGGUCGAGCACCUCGUGAUCACCACUAGAAUGUCCAGAGAGGAAAUUGAAAGCUGGUUCUUGGAGCGCAGAGCUCUUCGAGAUGAUUUGGAACAAGCCCUGCUGAACUCCAUGGGCUCUAAACGGGAGUCCCAGCAGACUCUCCUCAAUGGAGCUCAGAGACGUUCUGGCACCCUUACCUACAGCCCUGUGCCUCAAGUCAGCAAGACCGUGAACCUUCUCAAAAAUGUUUUUGUCCAGAACCGAUGGCCUUCGCCUGUAGAGUUCAGGCAUCUGGAGAUGCAGGCGCGGUUAGCUCGCACAGAACUUGUCCACUGGUUCAGAGAUAGUCGGCUAGCUCAGCAGAGCCGCAUCCUAAAUCAGAAGGAGCUGUUUGGAGAGCAGAACAGCUGCCGGGAUGCAGACGCAACAAAACGACCACUGAGAGAAGAGAACACCAAACCCAGCAGCCCAGAAUUCGAAAACUGGUUCAGUAACAUGCUCGGUCAGCACAUGGGGAGCAACGGGCAGCCGAUUGGCGAGGGCAGAGAGGACCAUGGAGGAAACUCAUGUGAGCUGCUCUCAGACGCAGAUUAGAAGACGGAAGGUGAGAAGCUGCUUGACUCUGUCAUUCAUCGAAGCGCUUUAGGAACCACUGAUGUUACUUCUGCUCUCGUUCUCCGUUCACACGGACACACAGACAUUAGACUGGAGCAUUGUGGGAAUGUUGUAGAGUUGUGUGAGUGUUGUAUGUAUGUUUUGGAUGCAGAACGCACUGAAAACUUAUGUGCGCUGGAGUCACUGCGCAUCUGCACUUGCAAACAUACCGUUACUUAAGAUUGUCUGCAGAUCUGUACAUUUUUAUGGCAUAUUUUGUUACAUUUUAUAAUGGGAACAAGUUUUGGCUGUUGUUUAGUGGACAUUUCCUAACCGUCUGUGGAAGGAGAUGCCAGAAACCACGAGGUGCUGAAAUAUUCUCUGGACACAUGACAUGCAACAGCCCAAAAUAUGAUUCUUCUGCUACAGACGGGACACUUUAUUGACAGAAAACACUGCUGAAUGUGCUCACAGAUGGAGUCAUGAUUAACACAGACACACACACACUCACUCACUCACUCACUCACUCACUCACUCACUCACUCACUCACUC